AUGAACAAUUAUGUAAUCCAAGGCAAGAAGAGCAGAAUCGAGAGCAUGACCUUUUACAGGCUCAAAAGGAAGAAAGAGUUUAAAUUAAAUACGAAAAUUAAUCAAUCUUAUAAUCAGAGUGAAGCUUCAAGUAGUGAGAGGAAGAAUCAUCAUAGAACUGUCAGAAAUGCAUGCUCUAGAAAGAAUCGGAAGAACUUGUGGAUGAUAAGAAGUAGGGAUAGGCCUCCAAGAAUGAGCCCGAAACUCAAAAAUCCCCUCAAAACUAAGAACCAGGACUUGAUAAACGUCCUUGAAGAUGGUGAUUUAUCAUGAAUGGAUACCAAAGUUGGACUGAGAAAAUAACUUAAUCUAUAAUUCUCCAGAACAAGUAAAAACAGAUGCACCAAGUAGGAUAGACAAAAGUUUUAUGGCAAGCCAAAGGAAGUCUCAGAAACGGCUAUUGAAUUGCUCAAAGGCUAAAAUUACAAAUGAUUCAAAUAUCCAACAAAGCUUUGGCAAUGACAAACGGGUUGUUUCGUAUUCUAAGAUAGCUGAUUUUGGAAAUUACAACAAGUUCCUAAAAAUGUACAAGAAUAAAAUUGACUGGAAGGUCCAGUUUAAGAAAAGAUUACUAGACUCUUCAAAUCUCCAGAGGCUAAAUCAUCAAAAAGGAAUCAAGAUAAAGAGCCCUCCUAGAAAAUUUAAUCUUAAUUUUCUGGAUCUGAAAAGAUUGAGAAAAAGAAGUUUUGAGAGGCUAAAUCAGAAUAACAAAUCUAUUCUUCUUCAGAAUCAAUUAUCUCAAUUUCAACAGGAGACUAGAUAUACAGAGCUUUGUGUAUCAGGGAAAAGACCUAAAACAAGAUUUCUUUCCCAGUCAAAUUAUAGAACUUUAGAUAAAACCUCUUACCAUCCAAAAACCGACCGAAAAGUCUACCCAAAAUCAACAUCUACCUCUAUAAUCACCAACUGUCCAGCUAGCACAAGCACAAACUUCAGGAAGGACGAGUCCCUUGGCAGGAGGCCAAAGCCUCCUUCUACGACUUGUGUGCGCCCGAAGCAGGUGCUGGCAGAGCAGCGGGAUUUGUAUAAGUUUGUAGAGUAGAAGAGGGGAGAUUUGUUGUUGAGAGUUCAAUGUU